CUCACAGGAAGUAUUUCCGGGGAAGACAAAGUUGGAGGUCGUCGGUAUAUUUGUGCUUCUGAUUUACCUAUGGGAGCCUAAAAAUUCAGAAUGGCCAGCAAGAUAAGUCUACGAUGCAAGUCACAGAAAGGUCAAGCUAUUCUUCAGGGAUUGACUUCAGAGUCCACAGUGCAGCAGCUAAAAGCCAAACUGGCAGAGGCCAGUGGUAUACAGGCUGCCCACCUAAAGAUUAGGAGUGGAUUUCCUCCAAAGCUAAUACCUCUAGAUCACAAUGCCCAGAAUCUGAGUGAUCUGCCUAUCAAGUCUGGAGACACUUUGAUCGUUGAAGAGGACACUGCUGCUAAGGUUGCUAGGGAAGAUAAAUUCUUGAACAACUUCCAGGCCCAAAUGCAACAGAACAUGGGAAUUCUCAUGAGAAAGGUGGUGCCAGCUGAUAACUCUUGUUUGUUCACUAGUGUUGCAUUUGUUUUACACGAUGGAAAUCCUGAACCUAAAUCCGCUCCCUUUAUGAGGCAGAAAAUUGCCAAGGCUGUCUCUGAUGACCCAGUUACUUACAAUGAGGCAUUUCUUGGGCGAAAGAAUGACUCUUACUGCGCUUAUAUCCUCAGUGAUGAUACUUGGGGAGGUGCUAUUGAAUUAUCCAUUUUCUCUAAGCUUCUUCAGCUAGAAAUAGACGUAGUAGACACCCAGACAGGACGCAUAGAUCGGUUUGGGGAAGACAAAUUUUAUCGCACUCGUGUUCUGUUGAUUUACGAUGGAACGCACUACGAUCCUCUUAUGAUGGAAUCAAUUGAUGCUUCCCAACCUCCUCAGACACGUUUUCCAAUUACAAAUGAUGUGGUAUUAUCCCAGGCAAUGGAAAUUGCAGCUGAAGCCAAAGCCAGCAGGAAUUACACCGAUACUAGUAAAUUUACAUUAAAAUGCUCAGCAUGUGAGAUUGGACUAGUGGGACAGAAUGAGGCAACAGAGCAUGCCCAGCUAACAGGUCACACUAAUUUCUGUGAAUACUGAUGUUAAGAGACAGAGCAAAUUCGUGUUUAACUAUCAAAGUGGAUAGCCAAACGAGAAUCGAGUGUUCAAAAAGUUAAAACCUUUCAAUUUCUACAUGUAAUUGAAGGUAACUCUGUGACUUUCUUCGGUGCGUGUUACAUGUGUAUUGAGAGACUUGAGUACUGUUCAUCAAUGUUUCAGUAAUAGUACUGUCCCUUUUUUUUUCAACUUGAAGUUAUGAUCAUUAUCAACAGGCUACAUGGCUAAACUUCCAUCAGAAGAUUCCAGUGUCUCUUGCUAUCCCGACCAGUGAAAUUGAAGGAAUUAGUGAAUUUACAUUGUAGUCUGUAGCAUAGAUCUACAUUUUAUUGAACCUGUACCUGUGGAUAUUGAAGUGGUAGAAAUAGUAGCAAUUUAUCAUCAUUCAGUGCAAAAUAUAGGCACACAUUUAAAUGCAAUUGCAGUAGAUGUUAUGAUCAAAUGUAAUAGGUAUGUAAGAGGAUGCUGGAUGAUAUGCAAAUAGACUUCAUGUAACUGAAGCAUAAUAGUUUAUCAAAAUGGCUAUGUGCUUUAAUACCUGUGCUUUCUUAGUUGAUGUUUUACUGUAUUAUGGAAAGAUGUAAACUUUGUGUCUUUUGAGUUUGAUAUAUGUAAAAUAUUAUGAUAUAGCUUCAUUUAAAUUUCUUGUGAAAUGGAAAAGGAAGAAAAGAACAUAUCAUUAUGUAAUGUUAUGUUUGGAGAAAUUACAACUUAUUUAUUUUG